AUGAUGAGCGGGGAAUUGGAGUCGGCCAACGUGGAUUUGCCUGGGUCAUUGUCUGACUAUGACUCGAUGCUGCUUAGUCCCAUGUUUGAUGAUACUGAGGCCCCCCAGGAAAUCAGGCAGGCAGAGAUGUCUGACGCAGUAACAUCUGCAGGAUCUGUGUCUGAUCUCAUGCCACCAUACCUCUCUAGUUUCUCAACCACCUCCACCCAACAAUCCUCACAUUUCGAACUUGAUCCGGCGUACCAUCAAAUGUGGUUGACCCCCCAGGCCUCCAAGACACCUCAGACGUACAGUAGCCGCGGAUCCGCCCCAUCCGAAAGCCCACGAUGUCGGAGUGACUCUCCCCGGAUGUCUCUCAACCAGCAAUCCUCCUCAUGGGACAGUUCGCAAAGAUCACUCUCCCCAUUUUCCAUCGACCAACAAAUGAUCACCACAUCCAACUCCCAGCUGACUUCAGCGAACCUACUCCAAAUCUACCACGACGUGCUAGAACACAACCUAUCGUGUUGGUUAAGCGAUAUAACCUGUCCUUACCAACCCGAAUCACGAAAUACCCCUCAUAUUACACCCGAAUUGGGUUCCUCGCGGUAUAAUAUGAUAUACCAGCGCACAAUCAGGCUUGACCGUGUGGCACAGACUUGCAAGAUUCUGCACCUGACACCUGCUGAGGACCAGGCCGCGUCCAAAGCUCUGCACUUUACAAUCAUGGCAUUUGCUACACAGUGGGCGCAGGGGAGUCGUCGACACCAUGAGAAAUAUCCGACCAGGCCUUUUGGUGGUGGCGAGGAAGAAAUUGCCAAUGGACUCGCCGACGAGUUUGACCGCAUUCUUCAACACCACUUUUGGGACCAAGCGCAGCGUGCACUCCAACAAGUCGCCGAUUUGGAGUCGUAUAGAGUGGCAUGUGCUGAGAUGAUUUUCGGCCUGACACAAAGACCAUGGAAUCCAGGUAAUCGGUCUCAUAAACAGGGGAUAGAAGAGCAAGGCCAUGAGUUUGCCACAGACUCACUCUUGUCAAAGUUACACGAUAUAAUAAACAAAGAAGGACCGCCAGUAUACCUGGAGCGGGCGGUUCGGAAAAUUCACGCACUGAAGUAUCGCUGCGACACACUUAAAAAUGGUCUCGGCAAGCAGUUCAGGAGUCGUGGCAAGGGCGACCCCGGUAUUGAGGCCAUGAGCGCCGAACAUCGAGAUACAAUUGGCCUACUCUACUGGAUGGCUAUUAUGUCCGACACUCUCUCCUCAUCCAUGAACGAACGACCUGUCGUAGUACCGGAUCAGGACUGCCAGCACGAAGGGCAAAAGGAGAUCCAGCAAGCUGAGAAUAUCGAUAGAUCUGUUGGAAGAAGUCGGUGGAACCUCAAUCUUUUUUUGCAAGGAAACCUCAAACAGACACGUCGAACGCACUGGCCCUGUUCCUACGAGGCUGCUGCUGAAGACGUCAUUAAGUCAGCGCCAGUCAAGGUACUUAUGUUCCGCCACCUGUCUUACAUACAAAAUGCCAUUCGCAAGGGUACCCCGGAAGACCAGAUCGAAGAAACCCUUCAAAUGACGAUAUCACUAUAUGAAUACUGGAACAGAACGCACGGCGCCUUCUUCAGUGAACUGGUGCAGAACUACAGUGAAGUUCCGAAGCGCAUACAGGGCUGGUUUCUCUGUAUCUCUGCCCACUGGCACCUUGCUGCUUUAAUACUCGCCGAUCUGCUAGAACUCAUUGACGAGAAUGCCCUGGGUAUGGAUGGCCCAACUCAUAUUCGUCUCACUAGUCAAGUGGCAAGGGGAAUGAGGAUGCACAGUGCCAGGGAGCUGGCAGAUCUGGCAAGAGUCGGCACGAUGCCUACCAUAAAUGGUAAUAGCAUGAGUAUGCCGCGAAUGCCAGAGUUCCACCAUGCUGUCAAUGAGGGCUCGCUAUUGACCGAACCAUGGACAAUGAUUUUGAUUAGGGCGUUUACUAAAGCUUGUAUGGCCUUCCUAGGUGAAGCAGAUGAACCACUGUCUUAUCUUGAGACUACCCUUGUGCACAAUAGUGAUGAUUUUGAGAGGAACAUUGAGCAGGCAGAAGUGUGUAUGAAGGGGCUGUGGCUAUUGGGUAAAAAGUCGGAUAUGGCACAAGAGAUCGCUGAGACACUUUCACUCGCAUUGGGAGAGCUGCGGAAGGGGUGUAUUGUAUAG